CCUUUGACCUCGGAUCAGUGCCUUUGACCUCGGGGUGCAGCUGGCAUGGGACGCGGUGCAGCUGGCAUGAGGCACAUGGUGCGUUUCGGUGAGAUCCGGCGAUGAAGAGUCAAUUUCUCCUGAGGUCGCCGGCCUUCAAGGCCUCUCCCAGCUCCCGCUCCACGACGCCUCGCCAACGAGCUUCCCGGCGCGACCGCGGUGUCCAUGGGGCCCGCAGUGCGCGCGGCCAGCCUGGUGGGGUCGAUCAAGCUGGAGGGCGACUGGAGGAGAGAGCCCAGGAGAGCCCGACCCAGAGCCCGGCGCGACCGCGCAGUGCAAAGGCCCAAGCUGUGCGAAAGUCAGAGCUGCAGUGUUUAGAGAUGGUCCUCCGAAGGAGCUGCCCAAGGGAUGCGCAGGUGGCUGGCUACCUGCGGCGAGCGCACAACGUGGAGCCGACCGGGCAGGAGCGGAUUUUCUGCUUCGAGGGGCCCGAUGAGCACAUCCGCCGGGCCUUACUGCUGCAAGAGCCCCCCUGGGUGGAGAACGAGUCGGUGACCUCGCAGAUCUUCCACUUGAAGUGGACUGUCUCGGACAGUGAAGCCGACUACUGUGAGCUGCGAGAAGGAGCGCUCUUCAAUCACUUCCAGAAGAAUCGCGAGCUAACCACCAAAGUGGGCCUUGCCAACAACCUCCGGAGGUUCGCCUGCGAGGAACAGGUGGACAUCGACCGCUUCUUCCCACGCUGCUAUGAUAUGAGCUCAGCCAGUGAUGUGCAGGACUUCGUCCUGGACUUCCGCCGGGGCGCGGCGCUCAACGUGCUACGACAGCAUCUGAGGCUGUCGGCCUGGGCGGCCGAGCGCCAGAGGUUGAUGGAGGUUGCGAAGAUGGACUGGGCCGGCAGCAGCUACAUGUGCAACGUCAACGUCCUGAGGAUCGCCGUCAAGGCCUUGGUGCAUUGGCUCGAGGAUCUGGAUGGAAGCUUUCUGGAGGAGGAAGGUCGUGGUUCGGAGCGCCGAAAGCUCUACAGCGAGGAGUGGGAUGCCUUGGUCUUGUACUCCGAGCUCUCCGAUGCCCAGCUCUGUGGCGACGACGCCGAGGCGGAGCGCAAGCGGGUGCUGCGUGGCUACUCCGCCUCAGGCGCGUGGCAGCCCGGCACCGGCCGGGAAGGCGUCCGCGUGGAGAACCACCAGAAGUGGCCGGAGUUGCUUGGAGGAGGUCAAGGUGGUCAAGGUGGCGGUCGAGGGUGGCGGUUGGGUGGACUUCGCCUCGCCCUGCAGGCGCGAUGGCCUCAAUUCAGCGCACAGGGACCCAUGAAUGUUUGGGUGGCCAAGCCGGGGAGCUGUUCGAAGGGCAAAGGGGUGAUUUGCAUGGAUUCGCUACCAGAGGUCCUACAUCACUGCAAGACCGCUGCCAAUCGGAUUGUGCAGAAGUACAUCGAGCGACCCUUGUUGCUCUUCAGUGGCCGCAAGUUCGAUUUGCGACAAUGGGUUUUGGUGCGCUCCUUCCAGCCCCUCAAGGUCCACAUGUUCUCCUCCUGUUACUUGCGCCUCUGCAACGAGCCCUACGACCUCGGGGACUUGGCGAACCGCCAGCGGCAUAUCUCCAACUGGUCGGUGAACAAGUGCGGGAAGCACGUGUCGGACGGAGCCGUCGCCAGUCUUCAGGAAUUUCAAGAAGUUUUGGAGAUGAUCACGGGCAAAAGCAACUACUGGGAGACGGAGCUUAUUCCACAGCUCAAGAGCUGUAUCUUGCAGACGCUCCAGGCGGUGCAGUCCAACAUGGUUCAAAGGCCCGAAAGCUUCGAGGUGUAUGGCUUCGACUUCUUGAUCGGUGAAGAUCUCAAGCCCUGGCUUCUGGAGGUGAACCUGAGCCCCGCCUGCGAGUCUCGGACCCAGUGGAUGUCUGACAUGUUGGAACGUAUGGCGUCCAGGUUGGUGGAACUGCUUCUCCAAGGCCAUUUGUUGGCAGAUGGAAAGGAGCCAGACUGGGUGUGCAUUUGUGAUGAAACUGCGAACGUGAAGGGAGAGGAUCCCAUGAGCUGUUGGUUGGAGAACAAGGAGGACCUCUCCGAAACGUGGGGCCACAAAGAUCUGACUGUGGUGGGGAAAGCCUUGAGCAAGCGCGCGGCCCGGCGCCUGGAUCAAAUCUGGCGCCGCAACGAGGCGCAGAUCGCCCUUGCGCGGACCUUCCGCGGCUGCCGGGUGCGCUGGCGCCUCCGCGCCGCGCGCCAGCGCGCCUGCGCGCACCUCGUGGAACACGCCCGCGCGCGCGCCUGGGCCACGCUGCUGCGCCGCUGCGCCGUAGAACGGCAGCGUCCGCCGGCGGCGCGCCUGGUGGUGUCGCUGGUGCGACGCUUCGCGGCGCAGCGCAGGGUCUGGGCGGCGCGGCGGCGGAAGGAGGCCAUUGGCAUCCAACGGCUUUGGCGUGGUUGGCUGGGCCGCAGGCGGGCCAGCCUGGCGCGGCAGGACCGGGCAGCAACGCGGCUCCAGCGGUGGUGGCGCAGCUCGAAGCUCUUGCGCAUGCUCCGGGCCAAGCGACGGGUGCUGUGCUGGUGGCGGCACGUGCAAGCAAGGCGCUAUUCCUUCCUCCUCCUGCACCUCGUCCAACCCAUUCACCGCCUCACCUAUCUCCUCUCCUGCGCGCGCUGGCGCUGGGCCGCGGCCGCCCUCUCCGGCGCUUCAGCCGUCGCCUUUGGCCGGUGGAGGAGCCGUGGACGCGUGCUGUGGCGGCAGUGCGAGGUUGACGCGUGGGUGGCCUACCAAGCCUCUGCUGUGGUCCUGCAACGCCUCUACCGCGGUGCUCGCGGCCGCCGUGUCGCCUGGCGUCGCCAACGCGCGCUGCACGCCCUGCAGCGCGCGUGGCGGGCGCAGCUGCGGACCAAGCGACGGGUGCGAGUGCGGGCGGCCGUGGCACUGCAGCGGAGCUUCCGGGGCUUCCAGUGCCGCAACGGCUUUCGCUUCGCGUGCCACAGCGCACUUUGCAUCCAGAGGGCGUUCAAGGGAUUCCUGGCCAGGCGCCGCCUGCAGAUGCUCCGCCGCUUCGCCACGCUGAAGCAGCGCUGGUUGCGGGAGAUCCCCCAGGCAGUUGAGGACGCCACGACGCGGAGUUCCACCUUCACGCCCGGCUCGCGCGAGGACAGCGAGACGGGGUCCGCUACGGCCACGGGGUCCGGCACGGCGGACGAGCGGGAGAUCUCCAUUGGACUGGUGGAGGAGCCAAGGUUGCUGGUGAGUGAUCCCUCUGCUGGCCCACCCUGUGAGCAGCUCAAGCUGCACUUGCGAGCUGGUGCUGUGGGGGUGGCCAUGAAAGCGCUUCGGGUGUGGUUCUUUCAUCCGCAGGUGGAUGAAGAGAAGGAAGGAAUGCAUGGUAGGACCCGACCAGGCGGCGGGGUCCGGUUCCGGAACGAACCGGCGAAUUCGCCGGAGAAGAUCGAUGGCGUGGAGCGUCCGGAGAAGAUCAGUGAUCCAAAAGAAGCCACGGCGUUGCCCUUGUUGACCCACCUGCAGCACCUGGCGCGGAGCUUUGAUGCCAUCCUGGCCAGCUCGUCGGUGCAACUCAUGGUCGGUGUUCUGCUCAGUGGAGCCUUCGGAAGCUCUUGCGAUGUGGCUCCAGCUUUCUCAGACUCUUUGGGCCUUGGGGGGGGUGUCUCUUUACUGCAAUCUUCGAAAAAGCUUUGGAUGCAGAAUGCACAAAGUGCCGUUGCAGCGCACGCAGUGCAGGAUCCAGCACCACCUGCAGAGUCUUCCUUGGCUUCGGAUGAAACGUCAGUGGACCUGAGUGAGGCCUUCAACUAUUCCAUCAUCGAGAACGUGUCGAUGGUGAAUGCUUCAAAUAGCACCAAGCUCGAAGAAGUAGGCGACGUCCCCAUGAUCAAAACCAUCAAGGGUGCCAAACCACUGCCGUUGGAUGCCACUGAAUCGAAGUUGGCCUUGCGGGAUUGCGUGAUGGGAGAGUGGAGCGAGUGGAGCAAUUGCCUCAUUACACCGGCCACGGGGCUCAAGGGCCCCCACCAAGUGCGACAGCGCUCGAUCAUCCAACCGUGGCUGCCACAUGGGAUGCCCUGCGCCCCGCAGCUGGAGGGCCGUGAGUGUCAGGUGCAGAAACUCCUGAGGCGUGCUGAAGAAGAAGACGAAGACCCCCCCAGCGACGACGCGGCGCCCUCCACGGGCAGCGCGCUCCGGGCGGCGCGGCAGCUCCGCGUGACGCAAGGCCGCGCGGCUCCGCGGCGGCUCCCGGGUGCGGCGGCGGUCGGACGUGAGCUAUACGAAGCCGACAGUGAGCUCCACUCGAAGGCGGAAGAUGGUCGGGCGUUCUUCAAGUGCGCCGUUCUGGCCACACCCAGCACGUAUGUGCCGCAGUUGGUGGGGCCGAGGCGCAGAGAGUCACAGCCCUCGCCCUGGCGCUUGUCCAAUAUCGAGCCUGAGCCGCGAGUGCUGCCGCUGGGCGAGUGCCGCGAGUUGGAGCUGCGGCUCGGAGAGGGCGACCAAGGUGGCUACGGAAUUCCCUUGGGCCUGGCGCCCUGGGCCCAGCAUGGCACAUGGCCCCAGCGGUCGCCAGGCGAUGACAGCAGCGGCCAGUCCAUGACCCAGAUCCCUCAGACACGUCCGGAGCUGCCUCCACUGGUGCCAGGUGCCGUGGCGGCCCGGCAGACGGUCUACAACCAGGAGGUGGGCAGCCCAGUCCCGAGCGUCCAGCCCGGAGCACCCGGUUCCGAGUGGAAACGGCCCACUGCCCCUGCCAACGUGGGGUAUCCAGAUGGAGGUGUGAACCUGCUGGUGAAAGUGGUGAAAGUGACGGAGGUAGACUCCAAACUCUUCGAGGCCAGGCAUGCGGCGAAAUAUCCGCGUGGAGACCGGCACGAGGUGGUGCUGGGUGAUGACACGGGCUGCGUGACCCUCCGCGCGCGGCCGGAGAUGGUGGAGCUCUGUAAGCCUGGAGCCAUUCUUCGCGUCCAAAACGCGCUGAUCGUGAUGCACAAGGGCACCAUGCGUGGCCCCCUCCACGUUACCAUGCGCCGGGGCUGGAGUGGUAAAAUGGGAUAUCACUUUGAUGUCACCGAUUACUUUCAAGGCUACUUAGGUUUGGAGGUGAACAAGUGGGGCGUCCUCAAGCCGGAGCCCGGCGAGGAGAUCCAAGUGAACGCCAUGGGCUGCUGCCAAAGCGGGGCAGUCUCAGAGGUCAGCGACAAGCAUGUUCCACUUACAGUAGGUCCAUGCCUGGCGGUCUUCCGCCGCCCCGGCCUCAAACAUAUGCUCCCCACGCCCGGCCAUGGCGACCGGCUCGCGGAACCGGGCGAGCGUGUGGCGAGUCGAGAGAGCUUCUCACUGGAGGGAGAGCCCGAGGAGAAGGGACUCACCCUCCGGCAAGCGGUGAUGAUCUCCUUCAACUCUGGGCUUUCGGGGACUUUGGGCACUGUUGCCUACUACCCACGCCUGUGUGGCUACUGGGGCUUCUUGCUGGUGCUGGCAUCGAUGGGAACCACCGCGGUCUUGGAGCAGCAAGCCCUCAUGGCCGCCAGUGUCCAACGGAAGGCGCACACCUUCGAUGAGAUGUGUGAGGAUUUGCCCACGUGGGCACGGCGCGUGAGCGUCUGGAGCGGCGUGCUGUUCCUGUGGGGCUGUGGCGGCUUCUGCGUGCAAUUCAUCCAGGAAUUCAUCUCCGAACAGCUCUGCCCCGUGCUUUGUGCGCACGACGGCAGUUUUUGGCUUUGCCAAAGCGAGUGCUACUUGAGCAUUCCCAUUUUUCUGGUGGUCUUCGUCACCUGCUACCCCUCGCAGCUCUAUGGAUGUUUGUCCCUCUCCGUGAACGCGGUCAGCCUGGCGACCAAAGUGGUUCUAGUGCUCACCGCCGUACUCAAGGGCUUUCUCGUUUGGACUCGAGCCAACCCCGCAACGGUGGCACAUCACACCGCUUGGCGGCCGAGUGGACUGCCAGCAGUCUUUGGGCUGUUAUCUGCUUGCCUGGCGAACUCUGGAAUCAUGCCUCAGCUGGCGGGUGAUUUGAAGCCCUCGUUGCGGACCAUGGCAUCCAAGUGGUGUCCGAUUUGGGCCGUCGCCCUGCAAGCCUCCACCUGCUGUCUCUUAGCCUUGGCGAACUACGGCGCCCUGGGAGACGCCGUCACCUUCCAAUACUUCACCGUCUACGACCAGAAGUAUCCAGACGUUCUCACCAGCAUUUUGCAGGGCGGCAUGGCGGUCGUGAUGAUCUUGGAAUUGCCACUGGUUCUGUUGCCCUGCAAAUCGCAAGUUUGGGGUUUCAUGGCAGCGGCGACCGGCGAAGAGAGGCCGUUGGGGACAGCGAAGCUUCCGAUCCGCUUCGGGUUGAACCUUUGGUUUACCUUGUCCUCCAGCUUGAUUCCUGCGGUCGUGGGCUGGAAUGCCUUCAACAACUUUCAGGUGGCGCUCACCUGUACGUGUGGAGUUUGGAUCAGCAUUGUGCUGCCUGCCUUGGUCUUGGUCUACUGCGUGCUUCUGCCACGCCGCGAAGCUGGGGGCUGGGAUCGACCUUUGCUGCUUUUGAUCAGCUGGGUCUUGCUCCUUGGGGUGGUGUGCACCAUCGAUGGCGUGCACCAGCUCCUGGAACUGAGGGCUGCUCCUGAGGGGGUUCCUUUGUGGCAGGAAUGUCACAAUGCUGCCCAGGGGGUUCCUCCCAAAACCGCCCAGAUGCCGCAAAGCUUGCAAAGCUGGGGGUCCUGA